CACAGCGUGUUACGUUCGAAGUUCGACGAUCGUUAUUUCAGGAAGAAGAGUUUGUCAAAUAUUUCAAGGUAAAUCUGAUCGACAAUUUGAUUAAGGUUGACAAGACAUCCAGAAGACAUUUGAUCAAGAUUUGUGAUCAAGAUGACUGAAGAAAGCGAGCUUCUUUUGACUGACUAUUUAUUGAAUUUUGACGAAGAUGAGGAAAGCGCGUUUAAAACUGAAUGCUUGUCGUCUGGGGUUGAUUGUAGCGAAGACGAGGAGGAAUGCUCGUUAUCUUUACUUAAAGAAAAUCUUAAAAACAGUCCAAAAAAGUCUCCAAGCAAACAAAUUACUCCAAAACACUGUGGUAAUAAAAAAAGACAACAAACAUUGGAGAAGAAGGAAAGAGAUCGCAUGCGUUCUGUAGCCUACAGGAAAAAAAGGACUGAACAAUUCAAUGCCAGUAAAGAGGAAUGUAAAGAAUUGAGAGAAUCUAAUCAAUCAUUGAAUGGGAAAGUUGAAUUAUUAAUUGAGAAAAAUAAGUCAUUGACUGAGAAGAAUGAAUCAUUGACUGAGAAGAAUGAAAUAUUGGCUGAAAAGAAUGAAAUAUUGGCUGAAAAAAAUGUAAAACUUGAUGAGAACGUUUCAAGUCUCCAGAAACAAAUAGAAUAUUUGGAAAAAGUAAUUUCUAAUCAGAGUGCUCUGUCAGCUGUCUUGGGAGCCAUCAAAAAGCAUUCUGGAUUAACAUUUAACAAUCAUGCACUACAAGUUAAUUCACUGAAAAGAAAAAGAGUUGAGAAUGAUAGUGAUGAGAAUGGACAGCAAGUGAGGCAAUUGAAUGGUGGAGUGUGUGUUCACCUGACAUCUGGCAGGAUGUCACUGGAGUUUUGCAGAGAAUGUGAUAUGAAUGCAGCUGACAAAUGAAUUUCAAAGCUUUUUGUUUGACCAUGUUGAUUCCUAUUUAAACUUCUAGGUAUAGCAAAAUGGAUGCUUGACACUCCCUGCACAACCUGGAGUCAAGUCAUUCAUUACAUGUACAAAGUCUUUGGGAUUUUACGUAAGUUUU